CUGGCGCCGAUUUCAUUUCCCAUUGAUCAGUGGUCAUUAUUCAUCUCGUCAACUCAACGGCCGGUGUGUGUUUGUGUCUGUCUGUCCGUCUUUUCCCUCCAAUCAAGAGCUAGAGCCAUUUCAGGUCGUUUUCUAUGACUACGUCGCCCCGCCGGCUUUUCCGUUGCAUGGUUCUAUAUAUGUAACCACCACUGGUGCCCACCCGUAUUCUCCUCUCCAGUUCUAUAUCCCUUUGCGCCAGCUACUUUGAUCUGCCUCUUCCUGCUCAGAUAGGGAAUUUAACCUGUGCGAAGGAACAUCGAUCGAUGGUGAUGAUGGGGCAGCUGGGGAGGCUGGUGGACGGGCUGAGGUCCAAGAUGCGGGCCGGCAGCGGCGGGAAGAAGGGGACGGGGAAGAAGGCGGCGGCGGCGGCGGCCUACGAGCAGAUGGGCAAGACGGAGAGCAUGAGGGUGGAAAUCAAGAGCCGGCAGGCGCAGAAGCUCAUCGCCAAGAACCUCGUCGCCGCCGAUUCCAUAGGCCGCAGGAGCAGGAACAAGCGCUUCUUCCUCGCCUUCUAGCUGUCGGCGUUCUUCAAAAGGAAGAGCUAUGUCCUGUUCUAACAUGUGAGCUUUAGAUAGUACGUACCGUUGCGUAGUGAAUGUAAAGAAACCUCAAGAAAGCAACCGCAUACAGCGGGAAGCUCUCUGUUACCACCUGUAACCACACAUGCAGUACUAUGAUCUGUCUUACCCGUGAA